AGAAGCAGCCACAUCGUUCCUAUGUUUGUCGGGCGAACGUGUUUAACUUUUUCCAGACGCAAAUCGAUUUUUGCCGUAGCAGUAACAGCUGUUCUCAAUCGACAUAGUAGCGGAAAGUAUUGCCCUAACAUUUUAACUGGAUACAGAUUGCUCUCGACUUCAGCAAAACCGAAAAUGACAUUAAGCAGCAGCCAAAAAGUGCAGCCGAAGACCGAACAAAUGGAGCCAAUUAUACGCAUAAAAAAUAUUGAAAAAUCGCAACAAGACACGCGCGAUUAUCGUGGCUUGCAACUGGAAAAUGGUCUUAAGGUAUUACUGAUUUCGGAUCCAAGCACGGAUGUGUCAGCUGCUGCACUUUCUGUGCAAGUUGGGCACAUGUCCGACCCAGAAAACCUGCCAGGAUUGGCUCACUUUUGCGAGCACAUGCUGUUUCUGGGCACCGAGAAGUAUCCGCAUGAGAAUGGCUAUACCACAUACCUCUCGCAGAGUGGCGGCAGCAGCAAUGCGGCCACAUAUCCGCUCAUGACGAAAUACCAUUUUCAAGUUGCCCCCGACAAGCUGGAAGGUGCACUUGAUCGUUUUGCGCAGUUCUUUAUUGCGCCGCUAUUUACGCCCAGUGCAACCGAACGAGAAAUCAACGCUGUGAAUUCGGAGCAUGAGAAGAAUUUAUCGAGCGAUCAGUGGCGUAUCAAGCAAGUACAUCGACACUUGUCCAAAUCGGAUCAUGCCUACAGCAAGUUUGGCAGCGGUAAUAAGGCCACCCUCUCCGAGAUACCCAAGUCUAAGGGCAUUGAUGUCCGUGAUGAGCUUUUGCAGUUUCACAAAUAUUGGUAUUCAGCAAAUAUUAUGUGCCUGGCCGUUAUAGGAAAAGAAUCCUUGGAUGAACUGGAGGAAAUGAUCAUUGCAAAGUUCUCGGAGAUCGAAAAUAAGAAUGUGAAGGUGCCAGACUGGCCGCGGCAUCCAUAUGCAGAUGAUCAGUAUGGUCAGAAACUUAAGAUCGUGCCCAUCAAGGACAUACGCUCUCUAACGAUCAGUUUUACUACCGACGAUCUGACACAGUACUACAAAUCCGGCCCGGACAAUUAUUUAACUCAUCUCAUUGGCCAUGAAGGCAAAGGCAGCAUCUUGUCCGAGCUGCGCAGACUUGGCUGGUGCAACGAUCUUAUGGCUGGGCACCAGAAUAUCCAGAAUGGCUUUGGUUUCUUUGAUAUAGCAGUGGAUCUGACACAGGAUGGCUUGGCGCAUGUCGACGAUAUUGUUAAAAUAAUAUUCCAAUAUUUAUGCUUGUUGCGCAAGGAAGGACCUAAGAAAUGGAUCUUUGAUGAGUGCGUUAAGCUAAACGAAAUGCGUUUCCGUUUCAAGGAGAAGGAGCAACCAGAGAGCUUGGUCACACAUGCAGUGUCAUCGAUGCAGAUAUUUCCACUGGAAGAAGUGCUAAUUGCACCAUACAUGAGCAACGAGUGGCGUCCAGAAUUGGUCUCCAAGCUAUUGGACGAACUAGUGCCUUCCAAGAGUCGCAUUUCCCUGGUCAGUCAGAGCUUUGAACAGUCAACCGAUCAGUCCGAGCCAUAUUAUAAAACUAAAUAUGGUCUGGAGCGUAUACCGAAGGAGACAAUUCAGAGCUGGGAAAACUGCAAAAUGAAUGAGAAUCUGAAACUGUCACUGCCAAACAGUUUUAUACCAAGCAACUUUGAUAUUGCCGAUGUGCCCGCUGAUGCUCCGAUUCAUCCCACAAUUAUAUUGGACACGUCCAUUCUACGAGUCUGGCAUAAGCAGGACAAUCAAUUUAACAAGCCCAAAGCCUGCAUGACCUUCGACAUGUCCAAUCCCAUUGCUUAUUUGGAUCCCCUCAAUUGUAAUUUGAACCACAUGAUGGUCAUGCUGCUGAAGGAUCAGCUCAACGAAUAUUUAUAUGACGCAGAGCUGGCUAGUCUCAAGCUUAGUGUCAACACCAAGCCAUGCGGCAUCGAUUUUACCAUACGCGGUUUUAGUGACAAGCAGGUUGUUCUGCUAGAGAAGCUAUUGGAUCACUUGUUUGACUUCAGCAUAGAUGAGAAGCGUUUCGAUAUACUCAAGGAGGAGUACAUAAGAUCACUUAAGAAUUUUAAAGCGGAACAGCCCUACCAACAUUCCAUCUAUUAUCUGGCUCUGCUGCUAACGGAGAAUGCCUGGGCUAACGUGGAGCUUUUAGAUGCUAUGGAACUUGUUUCCUACGAUCGUGUGCUGAACUUUGCCAAGGAAUUCUUCCAACGUCUGCAUACCGAGUGCUUCAUUUUUGGCAAUGUCACCAAGCAGCAGGCAACUGAUAUCGCUGGUCGCGUCAACAAGCGAUUGGAGGCAACGAAUGCCACAAAACUACCAAUUCUUGCCCGCCAGAUGCUCAAAAAGCGCGAAUACAAGUUGUUAGCUGGUGAUAGUUAUCUGUUUGAGAAGGAGAAUGACUAUCAUAAGAGCUCCUGCACACAGCUCUAUAUGCAAUGUGGCGCUCAAACGGAUUACACAAAUAUUAUGGUUAACUUGGUGUCGCAAGUGCUGUCGGAGCCCUGCUACGAUUGUCUACGCACAAAGGAGCAACUCGGCUAUAUCGUCUUCAGUGGAGUUCGCAAAAUGAAUGGUGCUAAUGGUUUUCGCAUCAUCGUUCAAUCUGCGAAGCAUCCAUCAUUUAUCGAAGAUCGCAUUGAGAACUUUUUGCAGACCUAUUUGCAAAUAAUUGAGGACAUGCCGUUGGAUGAGUUCGCGCGCCACAAGGAAGCGUUAAUUGUGAAAAAGUUGGAGAAACCGAAGACCAUUUUCCAACAGUUUAGCACAUUCUAUGGUGAAAUUGCUAUGCAAACCUAUCAUUUCGAACGCGAAGAGGCCGAAGUUGCAAUACUACGCAAAAUUAACAAAUCUGAUUUUGUUGACUACUUCAAGAAAUUCAUAGCAAACGAUGGCGAUGAGCGAAGAGUUUUAUCCGUGCACAUUGUAUCCACACUAAAAGAUCCGAAUGCGCCGACCAGUGAGGAGGACGACAGCACAGUCACCAGCAUGGAACGUCAUAAGCCAAUAAGCGAUAUUCUUGCUUUCAAAUCCUGCAAAGAAUUGUAUCCCAUUGCAAUGCCCUUCCUGGACAUCAAGGCAAAGGGUGCACGCAGCAAGCUGUAAGCAGGUGCAGCAAGUCUGUAAAUUUAGUUCUCUUUUCAUGGUUGCAGAUACGGUUGGCUAAUGGGUUUGGUUGCUUUCUUUAAUUUCAAAUCAAAUAUACAUAAUAUUAAAACCA